AUACGUCUCAACCUAUGGAAACCGGAUGAGGACAUCUCUCCCCGUGGAGCGCGGCACGAGGCCGGAGCAAAUCGCGCGAAAGUGUACCCGGUCAGUGUGUCAAACUCUACCACGUGACUGGAAUCUUUGAAAAAGAGGCGCGAUCAAGAUGGCGGAGGACUCUGUCGAAAGUUCAGCAAAUGCAUUGGUCAGUCUUAAAGCAGCAGGUAAGGGAACAACGUACACAGUUUCAUCACCAAGAAGAGGCAAUCCUCCACGAAUAAGGAAGAAAAAUCGGCUGUUUUUUAAUGACGAUGAAGAAACUUCCUAUUCUCCGAUUAGAUCCCCCAGAAAACAGUCCAAACCUGCAGCAAGCACAACAAGAUCACAGAGCAAUAUCCUGUCUGGUCCCGACAAGAAACUCGCCCAGGCCAUCGGAGUGCGGCUGAAGAACCUACUGAAACUCCCUAAAGCUCACAAAUGGGUCUGCUAUGAGUAUUUUUACUCCAACCUUGACAUACCAUUAUUCAAGGGAGAAAAUGACUUCAAUAUUUGUCUCCAGGAGACGUUUCCACAGCUGAAAUGUAAGAAGAUGAGGAGAGUAGAGUGGUGCAAGGCCAGGAGGCUGAUGGGCAAACCUAGAAGAUGUUCUGCAGCUUUCUUCGCCGAGGAGCGAGCUUCACUGGAACAGAGGCGUAACAAAAUACGACUUUUGCAGCAGAGAAAGCUGCAGGAAUUGACGAGCUUUAAAGACCUUCCACAGGAAAUUCCCAUGCACCUUGUGAUUGGCACAAAAGUUACAGCACGGUUACGGAGGCCCCAGGAUGGACUGUUCACAGGCUCUGUGGAGGCCCUUGACACUGUCAGCAACUCCUACAGAGUUACUUUUGACAAGACAGGGCUCGGCACACAUUCUAUACCAGAUUAUGAAGUCUUGAGUAACAGUCCACAGGAGACGAUCCCACUGUCUGCGUUCCAGCAGAAACAUCGCCCCACCAGACCCCCCAUCUUCUCACCCCCCAAGUUUGUACCAGGCCUCUCCUCUCCUGACCACAAUCUGCAUAAUGACCCAUUGCUGAGUGGCUCCCCAUUCAAGGGGAGACUAAUGAGCCUUGAAGGUGGAACAUACGGGGGAUUCCCCAUCAAGUUUUUAGUGCUAGUGACUAGAUUGUCCAAAAUCCUCGCUGUGAAGAAGGAUUGUAUCAAGCAGCUACGAGACAUGAAUACACAGGUGGAAAAACUGAAGUCGCAUCAGCAGCCCAUCUCACUGGAGUUCCAGAGGAAGUACGCUGGUACAGUGCUGGAGCUAGAGAAGCUCAAUGAUGACCUCAAUGAGUAUCUGCUGGGGGUACAAAACUACUGUCAAGAGCUGGCCCCUGAUCAAGGAAUCUGUCCAAUAGACCAGCCAGCUGAGAUACGCCGCAAGUGCGAAGAGGAAGCCCAAAGCAUUCUCGAGAAGAUCAGCCCGACUGUGUUUCCCAAACGUCUGGCUCGUAAUCAGAAAGCCCUGAACCUCAUAGAGCAUUUCACUUCUUUGAUGCUGCAGAUUAGGACAAUUGGUGAGAAUGAGGUGAACUCAUUUGAGUUUAAAUCUGUACAAGACAAUGUUAAGGAAAUCAAGGCCUCAUUGGACGCAAACAACAUCAAUUGUUUCCAGAACAACGUGGAGAUCCACAUCAACCAUAUCCAGAGUGGUUUAAUCAGAAUGGGGAACCUCCACGCCUUCUCUUCCACAUUUCCUGUCUGAACUAUCCAGUGGAAUCUUCUCUUAUCUUGCCGUCGACAGCAAUGGGGACUAACACUGUAGUUUCGUCAAAGCAAAUAGAACCACCUUCACAUCCAGCACUUUAGGCUGGAGCUCCUUUUGGUAGUGACUGUAAAUGACCCGAUAUUUCAUCCAGUACUAAAUUGCUCAUUUUCUCACGGAUUCUGAGAGUUCUGGUGAUCUUAAAAAGGUGUUUUGAGAUAUGUCUGGAAAAUAGAGUGACAUUCUACUGGUAAAAUAUACAUUUCACCACCAAAAGUAAUAUUUUAUAGCAUUUAUUUGCUUUUUAAAGUGCACUCUUUUGGGAGGCAAAUUUUAGAACAUUUACAGUACGGUGUACUGCUGCAUUGUCAGUGGUGAUUGUUAAUCACUGGGCAUGGUGUGGUUCUACCACAGAAUAAGUAGGCUGCUCUGGUAAAAAUAAUCUCAAGCACAAACUAAAGGUCAAUUUCCACAAAACGAGACGUUCAACUGUGAACUGGAAAGUCAUAUGAAUAUAACGUCACUUCUGUUGUAUUGUGAUUUCCGGAAGACAGCGUGAAGUUGUCCAGAGGUUUACACAUUAAUCUUCUGAUUUAAAUAAUAACGAUUGCUGUUGCGAUGUAUUUAUGUGACAUCAUCGCCACUAAUGACAACCACAACUUCAAACUAGAGUCAUUUGAAUAUAACAAUAAAUGUUACGUUAUACACAUAUGUUACAUCUAGUGGAAUUUGAAAUAGAUUCUACUCAAACUGCCUUGCAGUCUGUUGCAUUUGUGAAUGUUAUGUCUAAUGGAAGUCAGAUCUCAACAGUUUGUGUGGUGAAAUCUCUACAACAUUUUCAGUUUUAUGGAAGAAUUUCUAGAAUAUAUUUCCGUCGUGCAGUUGAAACCAUUCCUUAAAAAGUCCUUUAAAUUUUACCAUUCGCACGAAUUACAUACUUAACAGGAUGUUGCUCAAGAUGUAUUUUUUCUGACUACAGGAAAAUACAUAUAUAACAUCUCUAAACAAAGUCAUCAAUUUUACAGUUUAAAAUGAAGUGCUUAUGUUUUGUUGCACUGCUUUUGUAUCCCAACUAAAAACUAGGAUUUUCCCUUGAAUGUGAUGUUAGGAAAAGAUUUGAAGGAAGGCAACCGCACGUUGGCUGAUUGACUUCCACAUUCAGAAGCUUUCUGUACAUGCAUGUAAGAAGAUUUAAUACUUAUUUGUGCACAUUGUGUGAAUUAGUAGACAAAUGGUUUGUUGAGUGAAUCAAUGCAGUAAUUCCGAGCUCCACUCAGCUUCCCAGGCUAAAGGGAAUGAACUCUUGCAGUGAUUUUAGGUCAGAGGAAUAUCUCCUUGGUAGAGCUGACCACGUCACUCAGUGAUUUCAAGAUUUCAAGCAUUAAUUGCACAAGACAUUGUGUCAAAAAUGAGUAGAUCGCCCGUACCCAUACCUGGCUUUGAUUUGCAAGGGAAGUGUUCUAAUGCCCAUCGUAUAUAGGGAAAAAUAUACAUGUCCACAACAUAUCCUUGGUGGAAUGUGCUGUAUAACAUCAGUAGAGGAGAUGUGUGUAUAAAUCGGCGGCAGAAUGCUUUAUUUCGAGUCCAUCUGGCAUAGUUGAGUUGGGCGUGGGGCGAUCCAGCGUUUCCAAG